AUGCUGUCGAGAGAAUGUAGCCUCGGGGCUCGAGCUCGAGCUGUCAAUUCCUUACCAAACAAUGACCCUUCACCAGAUCUCCAUGACAAUACCGAACCCAUACCCGCCGUUGACGAGUCUCUCCAAGCACGAAUCGAGCGCCUCGGCCGCGAGCGCCCUCCGAUCUUUACAACCCGCCGGCGCGAGAUACUCUUCGUCUUCAGCAUCUCCAUGUCCCAGUUCCUGACAGAGUAUUUUGUCUCGGGCUUCACCGUCAUCCUCCCGACGCUGAUCACAGAGCUCGACAUCCCGCAGGCAGCCAGCGUAUGGCCGGCGACCGCCUUCUCCCUCGUCAUCGCCAGCACCUUGCUCGUCUUUGGCCGCCUGGGGGACAUGUGGGGGGGAUAUCCCGUCUUCAUGUGGGGUCUCGCCUGGCUUCUUGUCUGGAGUGUAAUCACAGGGUUCAGCAUCAACCCGCUGAUGCUCGACUGCUGUCGGGCUCUCCAGGGGCUGGGAGUUGCGGCGUCUUUGCCCACCGGAGUCAUGCUCAUGGGGUCGUUAUAUCGUCCUGGGCCACGGAAGAAUCUCGUCUUUGCAGUAUACGGCACUUCGGCGGUAUUUGGUUUCUUUGGCGGCAUUCUCGUGGCAGGAAUCGUAGGUCAAUUCAAGCGCUGGGGUUUUUACUUCUGGAUCGGCGCCACCCUGACGGCAGUCACCCUGUUGACUUCGAUCCUGUCCAUUCCUCGUCACCAUUCACAGGACCAGCCCCGGGGCAAGUCCAAAAUGGACUACCCCGGCGCGAUCACGAUCGUUUGUGGCCUCGUCCUAGUCGUGUUUUCGAUCCUACAAUCGGCACACGCCCCCGCAGGCUGGCGGACGCCAUAUAUCCCUGUCUGUCUUGUUCUUGGUGUCUCGUCACUCCUUGCUGCAGGAUACAUCGAAAUGCGUGUCUCUGCUCACCCCCUCUUGCCAGCUUUCAUCUUUACGACCCCAUACAUGAGCCCUCUCCUUUUAGCACUCUUCCUGCUUUACGGCACCUGGGGCAUCUUUUCCAUAUAUGGAACACUAUACUUCCAGAACAUCAUGUCUGCCAGUCCGUUGCAGGUGGUAGCGUGGUAUGUGCCUCUUGGUGUCGCAGGCCUCAUCCUCAGUGUCGUCGAAGGCUUCAUCCUGCACCUGGUUCCGGGACGGGUGUUGCUCAUCAUUUCCGGCCUGGGCGCAGUCGGGUCGCAACUUCUCAUAGCUCUGAUUCCGCCUGGAGGAGGUUAUUGGGCAUGGAUCUUCCCCGCAGUCAUCCUCAGCACCGUGGGGAUCGAUCUGUCCACGAUCUUAAUGACGGUUUUCGUGACCACGACGUUUCCUACCGCGCAGCAAGGGUUGGCUGGCAGUGUUAUUAAUUCUGUGCUACAACUGGGUGUGGCUUUCGUCCUUGGCUUGACGGACAUCAUCCAAUCGGCAACAGUGGACGGGGAGGGAUUGGAGAAGAGCUAUAAGAACACGUUCUGGUUUGGAGUAGGGGCCGCAGCGGCGAGUUUGCUGAUUCUGGCAAUCUGGGGGAAGGUACCUAAGGCCAGUAGUGAUUUGACGACGGAUGAGAAGGCUGAGCUCCUGGAAGAGGCAAUGAUCGAGCAGCAAAGGCAAUCAGCCAGCGGGAGUGAUACUCUGGAGGGUGAAUGA